UGUUAGCAGAGGAUUCAAGGUGAAGCCUCGUGUUUUCAGCUUCUCCACUGCAUUUGCGCCAUCCCCCAGUAAAAUUUGCAAGCAGGGGGGCAAGCUUUCUUCGGCUUGGCUGUCUCUGCAUUGCACUGGGUUGGCAUCUGCUGCUUGUAACAUAUCAAUUGGUGCCGAUUUUGGUGAGUGGUGGCAAUUUUUGGAUCUUCCCUCUGUAGGACAGUUAAUCUCAGAAGUGUGUGAGGAUUCGAUCAUGGUAGAGUGGUCGUUUUUGAACUUGUAUCCGGGGUGCAACCCUGCAGCUCAGCUUGAAACUAGCGCAUGAGAAACCAUUCAUAUGAAUACCGCACUGCGUCUGGCACAAUUGUUCGGCGGCUUCGGAAAAAUACCUUUCAUGAGUGAUUGCGAUCCUAGGAGGGCUGCGGGGACCAAUUGCGGGGUUAAAGAAUCAAUUGGGUUCGAAUUUCUAGGUUUGUUGAAUUUGUGAAGAUGAAGUUCAAGAUUGAGGGGCUCACGGUUUACUUCCCGUACGAGUUCAUUUAUCCGGAGCAGUAUGAUUACAUGGUGGAUCUCAAGAGGACACUCGAUGCGAGGGGCCACUGUUUGUUGGAAAUGCCCACAGGAACCGGGAAAACAAUCACCCUGCUGUCACUGAUUACGAGCUACAUGCUGGCUAAUCCGUCAGUUGGGAAGCUUAUUUACUGCACACGAACUGUACAUGAGAUGGAGAAGGUUCUAGAGGAGCUUCGGAAGUUGCAGGCUUAUCAGGAAAAAGCUCUCGGUAAGGCUGCGAAAAUGCUUGCUCUCGGACUGAGCUCCCGAAAAAACCUAUGUAUUCACCCUCAGGUCAGCGGGGAAGGAUCCAGGGAGAGCGUGGAUGCAGGGUGUAGGAAGUUGACAGCUUCUUGGGUCAGGAGCUUGGCUUUGGAUAAUCCUAAUAUUGAAUUAUGUCCAUAUUAUGAAGGCUAUGAGAAAGGGGGCGCCGAUGCACUUCUUCCAUCCGGCGUAUACACCUUACAUGACUUGCGGGGUUUCGGGCGGGAGAAACGAUGGUGCCCAUACUUUUUGGCCCGUCACAUGAUCCAGUUUGCAAACGUGGUGGUAUACAAUUAUCAAUAUCUUUUAGAUCCUAAAGUGGCUGGAAUCAUCUCAAAAGAAAUGGAAAAGGAGUGCGUGGUCGUGUUCGAUGAAGCCCACAACAUUGACAAUGUGUGUAUCGAGGCAUUGAGCGUGAACAUUCGACAACAAACUCUGGAUGGUGCCACGCGGAAUCUCAGUCAAGUUACUCAACUUAUUGAGAAAUCUAAGGCUACAGAUGCAAAUCGGCUACGUCAGGAGUACAGCAGAUUGGUUGAGGGUUUAGCCCAACGCGGGAACCUAGCUGGAACGGACACAUGGUUAGCGAACCCAGCAUUACCACAAGACAUACUUCAAGAAGCAGUUCCUGGUAAUAUUCGCCGUGCAGAGCAUUUCGUAGCUUUCUUGAAGCGCCUAGUGCAGUACAUUAAGAACCGGAUGAUUACUGAGAAAGUGGAGAGCGAGAGUCCGGUUUCUUUCGUAACUGCACUGCAGAAUCAAGCUGGCAUCGAUCAGAAGAGUUUGAAAUUCUGUUAUGAUCGGCUGCAUUCUUUGCUGUUGACCCUAGAAGUGACAAACACAGAUGAAUUUAUGUACAUUCAAACUGUGUGUGAUUUCGCCACGCUUGUUGGCACAUAUACAAGAGGGUUCACCAUUAUCAUUGAGCCCUAUGAUGAACGCAUGCCCAAUAUUCCGGAUCCUGUACUGCAGCUGAGCUGUCUGGAUUCCUCCCUCGCAAUAAAGCCAGUAUUUGAGAAAUUCCAAAGUGUUGUAAUCACGUCUGGUACUCUUAGUCCAAUUGAUCUGUAUCCGCGUUUACUGAAUUUCCAUCCAGUCAUCUCAAACAGCUAUAAGAUGACUCUUACUCGUGACUGCUUAUGCCCUAUGGUUCUCACACGAGGGAGUGACCAGCUGCCUGUCAGCACGAAAUUUGAUAUGCGGAGUGAUCCUGGAGUUGUUCGCAAUUACGGUCGUCUGCUACUAGAGAUGGUCACUGCUGUUCCGGAUGGAAUCGUGUGUUUCUUUGUCAGUUAUUCCUACAUGGAUGGAAUUGUUAAUAGUUGGAAUGAGAUGGGUAUAUUGCAGGAAGUUAUGCAGCAUAAGUUGGUCUUCAUAGAGACACAAGAUGUGGUGGAGACCACACUUGCUCUUGAUAACUACAGACGAGCUUGUGAUUGUGGUCGUGGUGCAGUCUUCUUCUCUGUUGCUAGGGGCAAAGUUGCAGAGGGUAUUGAUUUUGACCGGCACUAUGGUCGCCUUGUGAUUAUGUAUGGUGUACCAUUUCAAUACACCCUCAGCAGAAUAUUACGAGCUCGUUUGGAGUAUCUGCGAGAAACUUUUCAGAUUAAAGAGAAUGAUUUCCUGACGUUUGAUGCCGUGCGUCAAGCUGCACAGUGUGUGGGACGCGUUAUUCGUUCUAAAGCAGAUUAUGGAAUGAUGAUUUUUGCUGACAAGAGGUACAAUCGGCACGACAAGCGAUCGAAACUACCUGGGUGGAUUUUGUCACAUUUACGAGAGGCUCACCUCAACCUCAGUACAGACAUGUCUGUCCAUAUUGCACGAGAGUUUUUAAGGCGAAUGGCUCAGCCGUACGACAAAACUGGAAAAGGGCUCAACGCGACACUUCUCUCACAGGCUGACCUGGAGAAAAUGGAGAAAAAAUGAAUAUGAAUGUACUAUCUCCGCCUGCAAUCUUGUGAUGAUGCAUGUUUGCUCCGUUUCCUCUAUAAGGGUGGAUGGCCGAACUUUUUUAAUGAGUUCUGAUGUUGAGCUACCUAUGCUUUCAGCCAAAGUGUGAUGUGAACGCGCAAGCAUUCAUCCUGCAGUUGACUUGGCUGUAAGCAGUCUAUCAAUCUCCAGUUUUGGAGCUGAUCUGUCUUCAAAUUUACCUGUAGUUGUAUAGAAAUAGCCCUGCGGUCCUCGUUCUUAUCGUAGCACUAAGCAGUUGUAGAUGAGGAACUUGUCGAUUCAAUUUUUUCGAAUCAGCAUGAAAUUUAAUGCGCAGAAA